AUGGAUGACCCAAUGGAAGACCCCAAUGGAGCAAUGGAAGACCCAAUGGAGCAAUUGAAGACCCCAAUGGAGCAAUGGAGGACCCAGUGGAGUAAUGGAAGACCCGAAUGGAGCAAUGGAAGACACCAAUGGACUCAAGGAUCAACAGCGCCCGAGCAUUCCACAGUUAUCUACCCCAAGUGUUGGCCUCUGGGCUGGCCAACCUACUCACCAUAUGGUGUGUUCAGUGAUGUACUGGUUCACUAUCUGAAACUGGCUCGACAAUCCUGUGGGAGCGGCGUUCUACGCGAUGAAUCGAAUAACGUCCCUCCUCGCGGCCGUGGAACCAUGCUCCAGGGACUGCUCUUCCCGAAAGUGUCGCCGACGUCUCCGGAAGAAGGCUAUCUUUGCCAAGAGUAUUGUCCACCUUUACAGAUGUUUCAAGAAAGUUUUUUAAGUCCAAAUCUUGGUGAAAAGGCUCGUUCUUUUUCUCCAUCAGCAUACGUUACUCAGUCGAGAUAUCCGUGUUUCGAGAGUACAGGAAACCAGGUUAUUGGCUCAAGUUUAUCCCCAUCCUGGAUCAGCCCGUCCAGUAAUAAAACUACGCUUUCCGUUUUUACUCUGCCGUCCAAGAUAAAAGCUUCAAAAGUCCAGAAUCAAUCCGUAAUAUAUCCCAAAGACCUGACGAACCAAACACGUUUGAAGACCUUUUCCUCUGAGAACCGUAAGCUUUCUGAUUACUCGAUCGAGGCUCUUCUGGGGUCAUCUAAGCUGAGAAAGAAAUACAAGAAACCGGUGAACCCAGAAACACACGAUCAGGAUAUACACGCUACUUUAGGAAAAUCGCCGUUUUCGUGUUCCAAGUGUCAAGAAACGUUCAGCACUCCGCAUGGUGUCGAGGUACACGCCCGCCGAUCGCACAACGGAAAACGGCCGUUCUUGUGCCCGCAGUGCGAUAAAAGUUUUGGCCACGAACUGAGUUUACACCUCCACCGAGCUGUCCAUAUGACCGAGAGAAGCUAUGAAUGCCAACUGUGCGGGAAGACUUUCAAGAGGUCGUCCACCUUGACCACUCACCUGUUGAUCCACUCCGAUACCAGACCUUACCCGUGUCAGUACUGUGGUAAACGGUUCCACCAGAAGUCGGACAUGAAGAAACACACCUACAUCCACACAGGAGAAAAGCCACAUCAGUGUGACAUCUGCGGAAAAGCCUUCAGUCAGUCAUCUAACCUAAUCACUCACACUAGGAAACAUACAGGCUUCAAGCCGUUUCCUUGUGACCAGUGUCCACGUGCUUUCCACAGGAGAGUGGACCUACGCCGCCAUAAAGAAACUCAUCAUUUUAGGCCUAUCUGUAGUCAUAAAGCGCCCUCUACGAUUGCCUCUCUAGGGUUCACUGAACAAUGUGUUUUUUCUUUCGAGGGAACUUCUGUGCUCUCGUGA